AUACCAUAUUUAUACCUAUUAUUAUUUAUACGUAUAACAUAGAUAUUGAAGUUUUUCAGGUUUUUCUUAUCUUUUAAAAGUUAGUAAUUACUUAUUUAUGUUGGACGAAUUUUGACACUAAACUCUUGCGAAUUAUCAAUUCUUAUUUCAAUUUACUUAAGCUGGAAUAGGUAAUUUUUUAUUAAAAUGCCAUUAGAAUGGUUAUUUGGGCGUCGGAUGUCCCCCGAUGAGAUGUUAAGAAAGAACCAACGUGCACUUAACAAAGCAAUGCGAGAUUUAGAUCGUGAAAACUCGAGAAUGGCACAACAAGAAAAAAAAAUUAUAAUGGAUAUUAAAAAAAUGGCCAAAGAUGGGCAAAUGGAAUCUGUAAAAAUCAUGGCCAGAGAUUUGGUGAGGACAAGACGGUACCAGAAAAAAUUCAUGGUAAUGAAGGCUAACAUACAAGCAGUAUCAUUAAAAAUUCAAACUCUUAAAUCACAAAAUGCUAUGGGUCAAGCUAUGAAAGGUGUGACAAAAGCAAUGCAAAACAUGAAUAGACAACUUAAUCUACCUCAAAUUCAAAGAAUACUACAAGAGUUUGAAAAACAAUCAGAAGUAAUGGACAUGAAAGAAGAAGUAAUGAAUGAUGCAAUGGAUGAUGCUAUGGAAGAUGAAGGAGAUGAAGACGAAACAGAUCAAAUUGUAUCUCAAGUAUUGGAUGAGUUAGGUCUCCAACUUACAGAUCAGCUUUCUGGAUUACCAACAGCAUCUGGUUCAAUUAGUGUAGCAGCGACGGGUAAAGUACCAGUAGUAGCUCAGGAUGGUGGUGGUGCAACACCACAACCAAACGAUGCUGAUGCUGACUUACAGGCAAGGUUGGAUAAUUUAAGGCGCAAGUAAUAAAAAUAGUUCGCACUGGAAUAUAAAAAAUAAAUACCUAUUUUAUAACUAUUAAUUGUACUUUAAAAAAUGAUAAAUUGAAUAUAUAUAUUUUUUUAUUAUUUUUUUUUUAUUCAUAAUAUUAAUAUAAUAGAGAAUAUUUAGUUUAAUUAGGUUUUUUAAUAUUAAUUUUAAUUAUUUAAAUGUGAUUUAGAACCGUUUAAUAAAUAGUUAACGUAUGCCUAAGCAAGUGAAUGAAAUCUUUAUAUUUAGUUUAUUAAUACAUUUUAUAUUUACA